GGGAUCAAAGCGUCCAGUCGUCCUGGUCAUGGAGUUUACGAUACCCUUCAAGCCCGAGGAGCUGCUGGCCCAGCCAGCAGAUGGCCGGCUCUGGGCCGCAGACUUGCCGGACGUGGAGUCCUGGAGCGAGAAGGAGCUCAACAAGGCUUUGGACAAGUUGGUUGGACAGCUGCUGACCAGCCAGGGCAAGGACCUUGCAGAUUCCAAGGCUUUCUCGCUGCUGUUUGCCGUGCUCCAGGCAUGGCAAAGGCUGGAAGAAGGUCUGCAUCCUCGGGUGGUGGACUUGCUCACAGAUGCAGCCAAACGGCUCAUCGCCGAAGCGGGUCGCUUGAAAAAGCCCGAGAAGGCUUCCAAGGACAAGAAUGAGAACAGCGCGAAAGCGCUGCGUACUGCCGCGAAGGUUGCAGCCUUCUUCCUGCGCUGGACCAGCGAGCGGUUGCUGUCCACGAAGGAGGACAAGCGGCCCCGGCGCCGGGAAAAGAAGGCCGGCACUGCCCUGCAGCAGGCCGAGCAGGCCGCCGCACUGGAGGAGGCCAAGGAAGCCAACAAGGCGCUGGAGCGGCAGCGCACCUUGGCGCUGCAGGAGCUGGCUGGCCUGGUGGCGCGAGGCGCCAUGCCCUGGCUGUGGCUCAGCGACCCGGCGGCAUGGCAGCAGGCCGCCAACGCCUGCUCCGACGCGGGCUUCCUGGCCCUGGACUGCGCUGAGGCCUUGAAGAGCCGCGAGACCAAGCAGGCGGCGCUGCAGUGCGUGGCCGUGCCACUGCUCCAGGAGGGCCAGCAGCAUUCCAACUUGCUGGUGGCCACUGUGUCGAAGCUGCUGCACGGCUUGAGGGCCGGCGAAGGAGCUGCGAGCUUUGCUGCCGACUGCUUGCUCCAAGCGCACACCACUCCACUUCCGCGGCUGUUCUUGGUGGAGCUGACACAGCACUGCACACCGCAAGAGCUUUCCUCGCAGGGUGCCUUCCAAAGGUCUCUGGCAGGCUUCCUGGUGGCCCUAUCGGAGCGCCUGCCCCAUGUGGUCUUGGCCAACAUCAGCGUGCUGCUGCCAUUGCUGGACGUAGACUGCUAUCCCAUUCGGCAGGCCAUCGUAGAGAGCAUCGGCCAGCUGCUUGCUGCAGAAGGCAAGGCGCUGCCGAGCGGCGCCCACAACGCGGAAGAGCAACAGCCGGAGGGCGAGGGAGAGGCAGUCCUUCCGAGCAACAGCGGCACCUUCACCCUGGCUCCGGCGACCAAGAAUGACCUGUUAGAGACGCUCUUCACAAGGUUCCUUGACAAGAGCGUCUGGGUCCGCUACCGCGUUCUGCAGACCCUGAACAGCCUGGCCUCGAAUGGCAGGAGCUUGCCUAGGGAGCUCUGGCCGCGCGUGCUGGACUUGGCCAUCCGGCGGAUGCAAGAUACCGCCAGCAUGUCCAGGAAGGCGGCCAUGCAGCUGGUGCGGAAGCUGGUGGAGUUCCACCCCUACGGCCCCGCGCUGAAAGGCUCCGGGGACGAGAGCGCCAAGGCGGAGAAGCUGCUGAAAGAAAUCCAGGACCGCCUGAACAAGCUGAAGGCCGAGGAGUUGGCCGAGCUCGAGGGCGGAGCGGACGGAGCCGACGACGAGGCCCUGGAGCAGCCGGAGAAGCGGCGCCGGUGCAAGGGGAAGACCGAGACGGAGAUGAGCAUUGCCAAGGAGGUGGACAAGGAUCUUAGUGCUGAGGGCGGCGACCAGGGAGGCGCCGACAGCGAGAACGCCAGCGCGCGGCAUGAGGCUCGCGAGCGGCAGCGUGAGGCCCUGCAGCGAAUGCAGCAGUGCUAUGCGCAGCGCGUGCACUUUGUGGAGCUGCUGGAUGCUGCAGAGGCCCGGCUCCGGCAGCUGCUGAGCUCCAAGACCCCCACGGACGUCACCGAGGCCAUCAGCGUGGUGGUGGAGCUGCGCCUGCGAGGUGUGCCUGCGGCAACCCGUGCCUUUCAGCAAGUGCUGGGCUUGGUGUGGAGCCGACAUGCGCCCAUCAAGGACGCCGCCGUGGAUGCUUUCUACCGGAUGCACCUGGAAGGCCGCGAUGCGCGCUCUUCCGCCGCAGCGAUUCUUCAGAUCUACCAGGACGGCUUUGCCUCCGGCACGUUGACGCACACGCAUCUGGCCAGCGUGCAGGAGCUCAUCCAGCAAGCCGCGGACAAGGAGCUCAUAUCAACAACCCAGGUGGUCACCACGCUCCUAGGCGCUUUGUCCGAGGGCGCCUCCUCCGGGAGCUUCGCGCUGCGGGCGCUCACGGCGCUGGUGGCCUCGAAGCAGGGCCACUUCGCCAUGGCCCAGGGCCUGCAGAAGCUCGCAGAGUACACCGCCAGGCCCGGCAGCCCUGGGGAGCGCCUGGAGUCCAGCCGCCUGGUGUGCCAGCUGCUGCUGCGCUUCUGCGCCAACCCGGGCACUGACCACGCCCACGUGGCGCGGCUCUGCGCCGUGUCCCAGCAGUGCACCUUCCUGGUGGUGCAGCACUUUGUGAAGGGCGAGGUGCCCCCCCAGUGGUUCAGCGCCGCCAUGUGCGCGAUGGACCUCUCCUUUGAACUUGCCAGCCACGGCAAGUCUGCGGUGGAUCCUGCACACCGCUCUCCCGAUAAGGUCUGGGAGAGCAUCUUGAACCGCAUGCUUUGCGGGCUCCUUGGAGGCCGAUGGAGCAGAGCAGAUGAGCGGCUGGCUGGCCGCUGCUUAUCA